AGGAAGAGGAGGAAGAGGAGGAGGAGGAGGAGGAGGAGGAGGAGGAUAUGAGGAGCAAUCGUGGAAGAGGAGUCAGUCCGACCUUGUCUGGCUCACGGUCCCGCGCCUGGUAGUGUGCGUAAAACGCUGCUAAAAUAGUUGGCGUGCGUUUAAAGCGCGUUACAACUUCAGCCCCUCAUUCAUGUUUUUUUUUGUAUUCGCAACGCAUCCACGUCUGUGUGUGUGUGCAGGAAUAGAUCAGCUACUACUCCACAACCUCUCUUCCGCAUAUUGGAUUUCAAUGCAAAGAGAAGGUCGCCAAAGGAUUCAGGGGAAAUGAAGACUGCUGCUGACACGGACUCUGUCUUUUUUACUUUUUAAACGUUUUCCUGCACAGUUUUUGAUUUUAAAGGGGAUAUUUCUUCCAACUCACGAAGCGGUUGCAUGCUCUCCUAUGUGGCGUUGCAUUGCAUUUGAAUACGAGUUUUUGGAUAAGCUUGUAUGUGCAUUGUACUAUUGUGCAAAAAUUCGCUCAUAAUGCAUUUAAUUUAGUGCAACCUUCUGUAUAUAUAUAUAUAAAAGUGCCAAAUCAAGUAUGGCGAACGAGUGUAAUCGCAACAUUGUGGAAAAGUACAUCUGCCAUAAACUCUCCAAACGGGGCUAUGCGUUUGGUUUUGAUGAUGUCCGGGAUGAAGAUGCUAAUAACGGAUCGAUAGUUGUUCCUCCGCCGCCGACUCUGGUGCGUCGGUGCCGUGAAGCAAACAGCAGCAGCAGCAGCAGCAGCACCGGGAGCACCGGGCCUGACAGCGACAACAUCCACCACCACCAUCAACACCACCUCUGCAAACAUCUCCCCACUCAGCCCGACCAAACCCCCACCGACAUCCACAGAGUCCUCCGCGAAGCUGGAGACGAACUGGAGCGACUGUACCAGCCGGACUUCACGGAGAUGUCUCGGCAGCUGUACCUCACCUCCACCACGGCGCAGAGGAGGUUCUCCGAGGUGAUAGACGAGCUGUUCCGGGACGGAGUGAACUGGGGCCGGAUUAUCGCCUUCUUCGAGUUCGGCGGCACCGUGUGCGUGGAGUGCGCCUCCAAGGAGGAGAUGAGCUCGCAGGUGGACAACAUCGCGGAGUGGAUGACGGAGUAUUUAAACGGACCUCUGAACAGCUGGAUACAAGAUAACGGAGGAUGGGAUGCCUUUGUGGAGCUGUAUGACAGACAGAGGGACUCCCUCUUCAACUGCUCCUGGCCCUCCAUCAAGACGGUCUUCGGUCUGGCUGCACUCGGAGCAGCUAGCUUCACCAUCGGAGCGUACCUUACGCAGAAGUGAACGAGCCCUCUUUCUACCAGCUAGACUUGAUUCCUCACCCUCCACCUCCUCCUCGUGCCUCUUCUUUUUCCUGUUUUAUAGACGCCCCUGACCCCUCAGAGACAACCUUCAGACUCUUCCAAAUCUGGCUCUCUUCAAAGCCUUCUCUCACAAAACUCCCUCUUCCUCGCCCCUCCACGUCAAAACAGACACAAAUCAAAACAACUGAAGCAUCCAGCACAUACAGAGCAAAAGGACGUCUUGAAAAGAGGCAGCUUAGAUGUAAUCACACUAAGCUGAGUACAACCGAGGAGACUAGGAGGUGGCAUCAGUGGCAUGCAUCUUUUUUUUUUUUUUUUGUUCUGCCUGCUUCUGUACUAGUUAUAGCAUGAAUGUUGAGUGUUAGUUUAGACGUUGCAUGUGUCAGAGCUUAUGCGGGACCUCUAUUUGGAGGCCUUGGCGAUGGGGGUGCAGGGACAAUAAGUGAUGCCCCACGCCGGAGAGGACGCGGCCGCAGCCCCGCCCCUGCUUGUUAGGGUGAAGAACCCCGUUUGAACUGUGGACUCCAGUUACCCCCCUCUGCAGCCGUCCUUCAAAGGACUUCCUCCACAGAACAGCUGCUCAGAAUGUAUAAUGGAAACAGCCUGCUACAACCAGCGCGGCUUGUGUCUACUGCUUUCACUCCUCAGACAGCUCCAGUGAACUCUGAACACACUGCACCAUUAUACUCUCCCUGGCCUUUAAUAUGUAGAGGACGGGCCCGUGGAAGACUGAGAUCUGCUGAUCUUUCCUUUGCAGAGUUUGAAAGCUCCUCGAUUUUUAUGUUGGUUUUCAUUUUUGCAGCACGCCAAACCCCAAAUUGUGUGGUUUUACCGCAGAAAAAAAAGGCGAAUGGAGGAGUGAAAAACAUGCCGAAGAAGAAAUCUGUCGUUGCAAAAAUAUCAUAU